GGGAAUCGAGCUUUUAUGUUACAGCGACGCUCUUUUUAGCAUCAGUCAUGUGGCGGAAUCGAUUCCUCAGCAUUCGGUUUCCAAUUUCUCCGUGCGCUUGAGAUAUCCUAUGACUCCGGCAGUGGAGUGAAGCACAGAAGCCCUAACCCUAGCGCCGUCUCCAUUCGGAUUCUUUUCCACCAGGUGCACAUAUCACAUGUAGUUCGGUCGUUGUUCUCCAUCGAGAUGAAGAAGCUCUGGUUGACUCGGUGUUUAGCUGCUGAUUAAUUUGUGCUUCUGGUCAUGGCAUUGGUUCACUUGGUGCUAAGUUUAGCUCCUUACUCUCGUUUCUUUGGGUAUGGAGUUUUUGAUGAGAGACGGCGGGUUAUUCCCCCGUCUGAGUCUCGAGGCGGCGGAACUUUCUUAGGACGGAUAGGUACAACUGGGCUAACGAAGAGGUUGUCGCCGGAGGCAAGAGCUAGAUUGAGUCGGAGGUGCGUCGCAAGACGGUCUGCAUUGAAGGCGACGGAGGUGGAGAGUGGGCAGAUCGUAGGGCUGGUGGAGAUUCCUGUCACAUGUUAUCAGUUCUUAGGUCUUUCUCUGAAAGCUGAAAAGGAUGAGGUUGUAAAAGCUGUGAUGGAUUUAAAAGAUUCAGAGAUCGAGGCUGGUUACACUGGAGAUGCCAUUUUCUCACGGCAGCAUCUUCUAAUGGAUAUCAGAGAUAAGCUUCUAUUUGAACCAGAAUACGCUGGCAAUUUAAAAGAAAACAUUUCGCCAAAAUCUUCUUUACGCAUUCCUUGGGCUUGGUUGCCUGGUGCUUUGUGCCUUCUACAAGAGGUUGGAGAAGAAAAAAUGGUGGUAGGAAUUGGUAAGGCAGCUCUUGAACAUUCUGAUGUUAAGCCAUAUGUUCACGAUGUGCUUCUCUCUAUGGCACUAGCUGAAUGUGCAAUUGCAAAGGCUUCUUUUGAGAAAAGCAAAGUGUAUGAAGGAUUUGAAGCCCUUGCUCGUGCUCAGUACCUUUUAAAGAGCAAAGAUUCUCUUGGGAGUAUGCCACUGCUAUCUCAGAUAGAGGAAUCUUUGGAAGAGCUUGCUCCAGCCUGUACUUUGGAGCUGUUAAGCUUGCCUCACAUCUCUGAUAAUGCUGAGCGUAGAAGAGGUGCGAUUGCGGCCUUGCGUGAAUUACUCAGACAAGGUCUUGAUGUUGAAACUUCCUGUAGAGUUCAAGACUGGCAUUGCUUCUUAAGCCAGGCGUUGAAGAAGAUGAUGGCCUCUGAAAUAGUUGAUCUACUUUCUUGGGAAAACUUGGCUUCUGCUCGGAAGAACAAGAAAUUACUUGAAUCUCAGAACCAGAAAGUUGUAAUUGAUUUUGAUUGCUUUUAUUUGGCGAUGAUUGCACAUUUAGCUCUUGGUUUUUCAACAAGACAAAUGGAUUUGAUCGAUAAAGCUAAAACCAUUUGCGAGUGUUUGAUUGCAUCAGAGGGUGCAGACUUGAAGCUUGAGGAAGCACUUGUCUCAUUUCUUUUGGGACAGAUUGGUGAAGCAGCAGUGUUUGAGAAGCUUCAGCAGCUUGAAAUCAAUGGGAACUCAACCUUGCAAAGUUCUACUGCAGAUAUUCCUAAAACAGAAGUCAGGGACAAGCAGGCUAUAUAUCAAUCACUAGAAAAGUGGCUGAAGGAUGCUGCUCUUUCUGUGUUUCCCGAUACACGAGAAUGCGCUUCCUCUUUGGCAAACUUUUUUGGAGGGCCAAAAAGGAUUCUCAAUCUCAGUAAUAAAAAAAUAGGGACUUCUACUGCCUUUUAUGCUAACAACAGAUCACCUUCGUUUGGUCUUUCACGAGAAAAUACCACUUUUGUUGAGCACUCUCCAAUAAAGUUAGCAAGACAUAUGGGAGAGGCUGUAAAACAGCUCGCACCAGUGAGCUUGCAGACCCAAUCAAGUCUGAAGAAGGCUAACAAUAUGACCAGCAAUCCAUCAAAUUCUCCAUUGAAGAGAAGCCUUAAUCUUCAGAAUUCAAAAUUUUGGGAAAGCUGGAGCCUCACGGGUGAUAUUCUGGGAAGGAUAGCAUGCACCACCUUUGUUGGUUGUGUCAUGCUUGGUGUAUUAAAGAUGCUUAGUACUGCUCAGCCCAGAAUCUCACAUAUGUUGCAGCCUAGUCAAUCAACGAUGAACAACAAUGCCAGCAUAUGGACAUUUGACAAUGCACCUGGUGUGAAAAGCUCUUCUUUCAUUGAUAAGAGUAUUUUCUGUCAGCUUAAAAAUCUGCUGGCACUUUUCAAACAUUACUACAGACAUCCAGCAGAUAGAAGAAAAAUAGAAAAUCCUUUGUUUAUUGAUAAUCUUUCAUCUUUAACUAUGGCAUCAGCUGUUGCUGGUACUGCUGCACACAGAAGGAAAAUGCCUUUGGAAGAAGCAGAAAGCCUGGUGAAGCAAUGGCAAGAUAUCAAAGCCGAGGCAUUGGGUCCUGAUCAUCAAAUAGAUACCCUGUCUGAGAUUCUUUCUGAGUCAAUGCUGUCAAAGUGGCAGGAUUUAGCAUCUUCAGCCAAAAAAGGAGCAUGCUUUUGGAGGUUUGUUUUACUUAAAUUAUCUAUUCUUAGGGCCGAUAUAGUACUAGAUGAGCUUGGCGCUGAGGUUGCCGAAGUAGAAGCAGUGUUAGAAGAAGCUGCUGAGCUUGUAAAAGAUUCUCAGCCCAGAAGACCUAGCUAUUACAGUACAUACAAAGUACAAUAUAUGUUAAAAAAGCAGGACGAUGGUUCAUGGAGGUUCUGCAGCGGUGGAAUCGAGAGCUCUACAUGAACUUCCUAUAAUCAUCGACUAUUAAGAGCACAUCAUAUGUUUCUCUACUUUUUAUCAUCUUACAGCUUUGUGCAGCAUCUUGUUAUAUCCAGUGAUGAUGGGUUCAUUAAAAUAAUCAACCUGUCAAUGGACAAGAAGUAGAAGCUGAGCUACAUUAUCAAAUAAAUUCCUGUUUCUUACACGGCUAACUCUGCAGUAAGCCCUUUCCUUUGGCCAUUAUUUUCUUCAUAUUCUAGACUAACCGGCAUGUUGAAUUUAUAGCUUGGUCCAGUUUGGCACCAAUGAACUAUGCUGAUUACUGUUAAGAAUUUGAAUUGUUUACUUUAAACUAACGAUGAUAUUCUUUUCAAUUUGGUCUUUGAUUGUCCCACUUUCGGAUUUGCUGUUAGCAGGAUUGCAAAUACCAUUCUGAUUUGCGUUUUUCUAUGUAUCUUUGUGUUUGGCAAGUCCCUUUUUAGGAUAGAGUUGGUUUUCCUGAUUGUCAUUUGUUAAAUAUUUGCAUUUUAUGGUUCUUUUUCUUGAUAAAAGACAAGGGCAGCUUUCAUAUC